AUGAGGAGCGUCCCCCGUUCGCGGUGUCCGGAGGUUAACCCGUCUCACCAGCAGGAGUACCACCCGCAGCCACAGCACCACCAACAUGGCGUCACCCUUCGAGAUCCCGCCGAAGCCCACCUCGCUCGGAGUCGCCCCAGCAUCUCCAACUCCUCUCUAACGGAGGAACAAAAUAUUUACGACCCCUCCCGAUCCGCCUCGUCCUACAGUCUCGAUGAUCUCCUCACCACCCAACCCGCAUCCGCCGAGGCCAAUCUCGGGCUGUUGUCCCCGUUCGCAACGCCCCCGACCUACCAGGCCAACCCAAACCCAGAGCUGGCAGCUGGCUCGCCGCUUCUGACCACGGGCGCUGAUUGGCAGAAUGAAGGCUGGCGCAGCAGUCAGGUCUUCAAUCCCGGAAAAUUGCAACGAUCAGGCACGCGAAAGAUCAGACUGGUGCGCGGUUCGGUUCUGAGCGUGGAUUAUCCUGUGCCGAGCGCGAUCCAAAAUUCAAUUCAGCCGAUUUACCGAGAUGCAGAAGACGCAUUUCCCGAGGAGUUCACCCACAUGAGAUAUACGGCCGCGACGUGCGAUCCGGACGAGUUCACCUUGCGCAAUGGCUACAAUCUGCGACCGGCCAUGUAUAACCGCCAUACGGAGCUCCUUAUCGCAAUCACCUAUUACAAUGAGGACAAAGUGCUCACGGCCCGAACCUUGCAUGGCGUCAUGCAGAAUGUAAGGGACAUUGUCAACAUCAAGAAGUCGGAGUUUUGGAAUAAGGGAGGCCCGGCCUGGCAGAAGAUCGUCGUCUGUCUGGUCUUCGAUGGGAUUGACCCGUGCGAUAAGCCUACCCUCGAUGUGCUGGCCACAGUUGGAAUCUACCAGGAGAAUGUGAUGAAGCGCGAUGUUGAUGGCCGGGAGACCACGGCUCACAUCUUCGAGUACACGACCCAGCUGUCCGUCACCCCAUCUCAGCAGCUUAUCCGCCCGGGCUAUAGCGACGACAAGGAAUUCCCGCCGGUGCAAAUGAUCUUUUGCCUCAAACAGAAAAACAGCAAGAAGAUCAACUCCCACCGAUGGCUGUUCAAUGCGUUCAGCCGCAUCCUCAACCCGGAGGUCUGCAUCCUGAUCGACGCGGGAACGAAACCCGGCCCCAAGUCUCUACUCGCCCUAUGGGAGGCCUUCUAUAACGACAAGAACCUAGGGGGUGCUUGCGGUGAAAUCCAUGCGAUGCUGGGCCCCCGAUGGGAGAAGGUGUUGAACCCGAUCGUUGCGGCGCAGAACUUCGAAUACAAGAUCUCUAAUAUUCUGGACAAACCGCUGGAGAGCUCUUUUGGCUACGUGAGUGUUCUGCCAGGAGCGUUCUCUGCUUAUCGCUAUCGCGCGAUCAUGGGUAGACCGCUGGAGCAAUAUUUCCACGGUGACCAUACCCUAUCGAAGAAGCUUGGCAAGAAAGGUAUUGAAGGGAUGAACAUCUUCAAGAAAAACAUGUUCUUAGCCGAAGACCGCAUUCUCUGCUUCGAGCUUGUCGCUAAAGCUGGGUUUAAAUGGCACCUUUCUUACGUGAAGGCCUCCAAGGCUGAAACUGAUGUCCCCGAACGCGCCCCCGAGUUCAUCAGUCAACGACGCCGCUGGCUGAACGGGUCCUUCGCGGCCGGGUUAUACGCGAUGAUGCAUUUUGGACGAAUUUAUAAAAGUAGCCACAGUCUGCCGCGCAUGUUUUUCUUGCAUAUUCAAGCGAUCUACACGUUUUGCAAUACCGUUAUGAGUUGGUUUUCGUUAUCUUCCUACUGGCUCACCACCUCGGUCAUCAUGAACCUGGUGGGGACGCCCAGCGCAUCGAACAAAAACAAGGGCUGGCCGUUUGGAAACACGGUGACCCCGAAGCUCAAUACCGUCCUUCAGUACGGGUACUUGGGAUUUCUUGCGCUUCAGUUCAUUCUCGCUCUGGGCAAUCGACCCAAAGGCGCAAAACUAUCCUACACAGCCUCCUUCAUCUACUUUGCCAUCGUGCAAGUAUACGUCCUCGUCCUAUCCUUCUACCUCGUCUCUCGCGCGUUCACCGGCGGCAACCUCGACUUCGACCUUGACCACGGCGUUGGGGCCUUCCUUGCCUCCUUCUUCUCCUCCGCCUCGGCCGGAAUUGUCCUCGUCGCCCUCGUCUCCACCUAUGGCAUCUACUGGAUCGCUAGUCUCCUCUACAUGGACCCCUGGCACAUGCUCACCUCUAUCUGGGCGUACAUGGCGGGCAUGACAUCAUCGAUCAACGUGCUGAUGGUCUACGCCUUUUGCAACUGGCACGACGUCUCCUGGGGAACUAAGGGGUCCGAUAAGUCCGACGCGCUGCCCUCCGCGCAGACCAAGACCCAGGGCAAGGAGCAGGAGCACUACAUCGAGGAGGUGGACAAGUCGCAGGCUGAUAUCGACAGUCAGUUUGAGACGAUCGUGAAGCGUGCGCUCGAGCCCUUCGUCGAGGAGGAGGAGGACGAGAGUCGCAGUCUGGAUGAUUCGUAUAAAAGUUUCAGAACGAAGCUGGUCUUGUUGUGGACUUUUUCUAAUGCCUUCCUGGCGAUUUGUAUUACGAGUGAGGGUGUUGAUAAAAUUGGGUUUACGAAUACUUCCACCGUCCGAACAAGCAACUACUUCCGCGCCAUCCUCUGGGCCACGGCCGGCUUGUCCUUCUUCCGCUUCCUCGGCGCCCUGUAUUUCCUCGCCAAGACGGGCGUCUUGUGUUGUAUCUCCCGGCGCUAG